CUUAAUGAAUAAUUAUUAGCAGCCCUCUCAUCUUCCUCUUCCUCACCGGACUCCACCACUAUAAAUUACUCCCACACCCUCCCAUGUUCUUCACUCAAGCUCUGAAUAUUCACAUACAAAUAUUACAAACAGUUACAGAGAAUACCAUGGCUUUCAAAAAUGCUGCUUUCCUCCUCCUGAUGACCACAAUGUGCCUCAUAAUGAGUGCAAACAAUGCAAUCGCCAAUGCGAGGAACAUAGCUGCUGUGGGGAUCAAAACCGGCAGCCAAGGCGGUGAAGGCGGCAGCGGCGGCCAAGGGGGCUUAGGGGAGUGCUGGAAUGCGCUUGUGGAGCUGAAAUCAUGUUCAAAUGAAGUGGUUUUGUUUUUCCUCAACGGGCAGGCUGAUAUUGGGACUGACUGUUGCAAAGCCAUUGCCACAAUCACGCACCACUGCUGGCCUGCCAUGCUGACGUCGCUUGGCUUCACGGCGGAGGAGGGUAACAUUUUGCGAGGCUACUGUGAUGCCGCUUCCGCUGCUGGUUCUACUGAUAAUGCUUCUUCCUCCGCCCCGGCUUCGCCUCCUCUUGCUGCUGCUUCCUCCGCCGCUACCCCAGCCAUUUAAUGCCACUCUUAAUUAUCUAUCUUGGUUUCAUAUAUAUUUAGACUUCAGUUUACUGAAUAAAUAUAUCAUGGUAGAAAGUUAAUUGGGUUGUCUUAGAUACUCGAGGUGUUAUGGUGUCUGCUGCUGCUGGUUAAUAAAUAUAGAAGCUAUGCUUAAUUCUUCUUA